AUGGCCAAAGACAGUAAUUGGCUAGGAAAAUUCGAUGAUACAGUCCCACCUCUACUAAAGGGGUUGUCACAGGUAGACGUGAUCUUUGACAAUGAUGCUAAUGGUAUUUUAAAUUGGUCAGGAGUGGAAUUAACAACUGGCCUAAAAAAAGGGAUUAUAGUUACCAAUCACAAGGACAUGCGUUCGACAAGAAAUAUCGAAAAAAUGCUAGAUGAUGCUCACAAGUACAAAUUACAAGAUGAGGAGAACAAGAAGAAGGUUUUUGUACAUAAUGCAUUCGAGGACUACCUUUAUGAUGUGAAAAGAAAAAUCAAGAAAAUAGGAAACACUACCAAGAUGUUUACUAAGAAAGAACUGGAAAUAAUGGAAAUUGCCAUAGAAAAAGCAAACGAAAUUCUUAAUGAAAGCCAACUUGUGGGUUUUGAUGAGUAUCAAAAGGAGCUAAAUCAGUUGGAAAAGGUAUGCCUGCCAAUCGUUGUCCAACAUGUUUAA